CUUUUUUGCUGAAUAGUCUCGCAUCUAGAUAAAAUUCAGGAAAUAAACAGAUGCUCGCGAGCAACGUGCCAUGUACAUCGAGGGAGUCUAAGUUGCAGAAUCUAACCGAGUGUCCUAUAUGUCGAGAGCCAUUUGUGCAGCCUCUACAACUAAGCUGUGGACAUUCAUUCUGCAGCAAAUGCAUAGAGAAGCUAUACUCCAUCGCUUUAUCACGGCAACAUUACGACCUAGAUGUCGUUCGGAUAGUGAAAUGCCCAGAAUGCCGUCAGACAACCCAUGUGCCAUCCGAAGGAUUGCCGAUCAAUUAUCGCUUACAAGAUCUGGUGGCUAUUGUUUCCGAGACAAAUGACUGUAAAAGCGAUAAGGACGCGUCUGAAAGUAAUCUCCCAAGAUGCUUAGCUUGCAACGAUGUAAUAUCCAAGGAUAUGUACUUGUCAUGUCGCACCUGUGCAGGGCGUAGCGAUACGGCGCGGCAGAUGUGCAUGAUGUGUUGGCUAGAGAAACACAACGGACAUGACAUUGAAGAAAAGCUCGUACUAACGGCAAAAGACGUAACGGCUGGCAAAGAAGCUGUCUCUAAAGCAACUGCUCAAGCACUAGAAACAAUCGAUAAGGUCAUGUAUGACUUCAGCGCUAACUCUCAUGAUGGACAAAGAUUUUUCGACGAGUGUGGGCGUAUUGUGCUCCAUGACUUUGAGAUAAUUGGCGCACAAAUGGAAACAUGUAACGAUCGUGACGAACUUGAGCGGAAAAUUGCGAAAGCCCAGGAAAUCACUGUAAAGUUAGAGCAGCUUCCUGCUGUUGUGGAAACCAUUCUUGACGACUUUCGCAUGAAACUUUUUUCAACCAUGACAGAAUUUUUGAAAUCCACCACGGUUGAUGAAGGCACAAGUGAAUGUGGAAGCAGCUGUAAGGGCGAGCCACAAAAGGAUGCAUUCAAUUUCUCGACGUUUAAAGACAAACUACUUCCUUCUUUUCUCAAAUUUUAAUGAAAUAUUAGAUUUGAGAUACAGGUUGCUGCUUGCGAAAAAAGCUUUGAAGAA